GACAAGAAGGGCAAGGGACAGAAACCUGUGACGGAGAAACCUCAUUCCUAGUCUCCACCUGGGAGUUAGUAAAUAUUUGUGUGUUAGGAGUGUGACUAUGACAUAUUUUUCUUAGAUAUGCUAUUUACAGUUGCUAAAGAUUUUGGUGAUAUUUGGAACAGGCUGUUUGAUCACCGACCUUUUUUAAGUGGAGAAAUAAAAUAUUUUAUCAAAGAAUUUGAGGAAUCGAGAGGAGAUAGUGAAGUCGUAAAAUUAGCUGAUGUUGGUGAAUGGAUCAAUGAUAUUAAGCAUAAUCAAAUACCUGAAGCCUCUACUGCUGUUGAUGAUUUGAAAAAAGUGAACAUUCUUCUUGAUAUUGCUUUGCAGACCUGUGAUACUAUUUUGGAAAAAGAGGAAAAUUUUGACAUAGAUUCAUUGUUAGCCAGUAAGCGUGCUAUUCGUAAAGAAAGGUGGGAAAAAUUUGAAAAUGAUCUUACUGAACAAUAUGCUAGAGUAGAGAAAAAAUUUGAUGAUCAUGAAAAAGAUAUAAUUUCAUUUUAUGAAAACUUAGAGAAAAACUUGACCAUUUAAAGAUCACAGAACAUUAGUCAAAAUGACAGUUGCUAGCGACUCCUUUCAACUAAUGAUUAAACUCAAUAGAGAAAUGGCUGAGGCUUUCAAAGAAGCAAUGGAAGGCAAAGAAGACAUUCCAGAAAGCAUCAAGAUGUGUUCCAAAGAAGGUAACCUAGCUACCGUUGAUGACAUCACAUGGCUUCAUUCCAAUAAAAAGAGCACACCUGCUUUCCAUGAACUGAUAUCUGGCUGUGAAUUACAAUUACCCAAGCCAAUUGAAACUCCAAGGAAUCCAGAACUUGAAGCUAGAAUUCAACGAUUGAAAGCAGAACAAGAAGAAAGGGAAUAUAGAAGAAUGAUUAAAAAUGUUGAAAGUACCAAGCGAGCAAGGAUUCAAGAGGACUCAAUUGGUUUUCAGUUAAGGCAGAUAAACAGGCAGCUUUUAGCGAUUCUGCAGUUUGUGUUUUCAGUCGCAGCUGGUUUCAUGUUUGGAUUCUUUGGUGUUCAGUUUAUGACUGGUGAACUCGAUUUUGGAUUCAGGUUACUCCUUGGUGUUAUUUGUUCUCUCAUUAUUGCUUUAGCAGAAAUUUAUUUCCUCGCCAAAAAGCUGGCUGAAGAAGAUGAGCCAUAUGUUCCUCCCCAACCCGUUCGUAAACUCCAUCAAGACUAAAUAAAGAUACCUUAAUUCAAAUUGUAAAUAACAUUAAUAUUAAAUAAGUAUAAAAGUGUUACUAUUGAAUGUUUAUUUGGUUGAUGUAGUAAAGAAUUAUAUUACGCAUUA